AUGGACUCGAGGCGGAAGAAAGCGUUCUUUGAGCAGUGGUUCGCUGACAAGUUGAAGAGCACGCAGGGCGCGAACAAGCUGAAGACAACCCGCAGUUCCGUUAGCGAGACGAAGAAGGAGACAUGCGUUGAGUGGAUGUCCAAGGAGAUGGCAGAAACAAGGCUGGAGGGGCGGCCCGACCCCAACACGGGCCUCGCAGGGGAGAACGACUUGGAAUGCAAGUUCUGGUUCGACCAGGGCGCUGAGACGGAGUUCGAUCGGCGCCAGAAGGGCGCCGAGAACGACCGGGAGCUUGGCGCUGCGGAGAAGGUCGAGGAGGCAAAGGCGCACUUCGACUCCAUCAUCGACGGCGGUGCAGGCGGUUCUGGGGCAGCUGCGCCGUCUACGAUUGAAGCGAAGAAGGAGUUCGGAGAAUUCACCAAGACGGUCGAGAGUUUCAAGGCGGACCCGAAAUCUACGUGCAGGAACGUUGCCACCGUUCUCACGGAGUUGAAGCGAAUCUCCACGCAGACUAGAGACAACAAAUAUGCGGCGACGGUGCGCGGGGGCGCUAAGAGCUUGGCCCCGAAGGCGAAGCGCGUGUUCAACAUCUUGAAUGAUCUCCACUCCGAGGAUUGCAAAGUUGGUGCGGCGAUUCUGGCAAUGGCCCAGCUGCUCGACCCCUGCUUCGAGAAGUAUAACGAGAUCAGCGAGUGGUUCUCCAAACCCAACGGCGAGAAGCCCGCGAAGGAACUCGAG